AUGCAGCUUGCCACGCUCCUCGGCCUCCUGGGCGCCGCAGCUCUGGCGGCUGUCAGCUCGGCUCCAGUGGAUCACAGGGAUCACAGUGAAGAGAUGGUGACUCGCUGCAUCAUUGAAGUUCUCUCAAACGCCCUGUCCAAAUCCACUGUUCCAACCAUCACUCCUGAGUGCCGGCAACUCCUGGAGAGGAGUGGGAAAGAGGUCAAAGGUGAAGAGAAAGAUGAAAACGAAAACAAGAAAUUUGAAGUACGAUUGCUAAGAGACCCAAUUGGUGCCUCCAUAGCCCACUGGCCUUCCAGUAGGGAGGAAACAGGAACUCCAGUAGAAGACUCUCAAGGCCAGACAAAGAUAGAAAACAAGAAGUGGACAGAGGGAGGACAGAGCCAAGAGGGCACAGAUGAACCCCAGGAGAGCCUCCAGCCCUCCACCCAACAGGUGUCCAAAGAAGCAAAGAUCCAGCAUUCAGGAGAGAGGGAGAGAGAGGAAAGGAAAGAAGAAGGCAAGACUCACCCAAAGGGGGAGCACAGGGCAGAUGCUGGUGAAGAGAAAGAUCUUGAAGAUUCUGGAGAGAGACAGAACACCUUCUCCAACGAAAGAAGUGAGGCUCCAGCUAAGAAAAGAGAGGAGUCAGUGGCCAGAGCAGACGCACACUCUAUGGGGCUCUCUGAGAAGACACACAGCAGGGAGCAAAGCAGCCAGGAGAGUAGAGAGGAGGCAAGGGCACAGGAGAAAUCCCAGGCGCUUAGCAACCACGACCAGAGCCAGGAAGAAUCAGAGGAAGGUGAGGAAGACGCAGCCACUGAACUAGCCAAACGUCGGCCGAGACACCACCACGGGAGAAGCCGGCCCAGCAAGCCCCCUCAAGAAAGGCAGCCUCUAUCUGAGGGAAGGAGACGUGCUGAGGAGUCGGAGGAGGCAGAUGUGGCCACAGCCAGUUUAGGAGAACAGAGGGGCCACCGUCCAACGCACUACAGGGCUUCUGAGGAAGAACCUGAAUAUGGGGAGGAAAUGAGAAACCAUCCGGGUUUCCAGGUUCCCGAGGACCUUCGGGGACCAAAUCAUGGGGGCAGAGGAAGUGAAGAGGACAGAGCUCCAAGGCCUCAGAGUGAGGAGAGGCAGGAAAGGGAUUACAAGAGAAACCGUGCCAACUCUGAGCGUGAAAGCACGGCGAACAGACACAGCGAAGAAACUGAGGAAGAGUGGGGCUAUGAGGGGGCAAAGGGACGCCAACACAGAGGCAGGGCAGGUGAGCCAGGUGACACCAGAGAGGAAAAAAGGUUUCUAGAUGAAGAGCACUACCUUCGUGAAAGCCCAAUAGAUAAGGCAAAAAGGUAUCCACAAAGCAAAUGGCAAGAACAGGAGAAAAAUUACCUCAACUAUGGCGAGGAAGGGGACCAAGGGAAAUGGUGGCAACAGGAAGAGCUAUUAGAACCAGAAGAAAGCAGGGAGGAAGCAAGGCUUCUGGACAGACAAUAUGCACCCUAUGCCACCACAGAAAAGAGAAAGCGGUUGGGGGCGCUCUUCAAUCCCUACUUUGACCCUCUCCAGUGGAAGAAUAGUGACUUUGAGAAAAAAGACAAGCCAGGUGAUGGUUUUCUCGAGGCUGAAGAUGAAGAUGGAAAUGGGUUAACCUUGAAUGAGAAGAAUUUCUUCCCAGAGUACAACUAUGACUGGUGGGAGAAAAGGCCCUUCUCAGAGGAUGUGAACUGGGGCUAUGAGAAGAGAGGCUUUGCCAGGGACCCUCACUUGGACUUCAAAAGGCCAUAUGAUGGAGCGCCUGAGCUGGGCCAGCUCCUUCACUACAGGAAGAAGGCAGCCGAAUUUCCUGACUUCUACGACUCGGAGGAGCAGAUGGGGCCUCACCAGGAGGUAGAAGAUGAAAAGGCUGGGGCUGGCCAGAGAGUUCUGACUGAGGAAGAGAAAAAGGAACUGGAGAACUUGGCUGCCAUGGAUCUGGAACUGCAGAAGAUCGCAGAAAAGUUCAGCCACCGGGGCUGACAGUCGGAGAGCCCCGCUGUUCACUAAAAGACGCCAUUGAUUCAGCCAAAGGCAGGGAGCAGAAUUUACUAUUUACUAAGUGUUUGAUGCAGUUGCCAGAAUGCUAAUGCUAUGUGACCAGUGUGACUUGUAGCAUAUUCUUCCUGCAAAAUAGAUGUUCACAUGCCUGUGACAAUGACUGUGUUACUAUCUUUGAAACAUAAACAAUAAAAGAUUUACCUGAA